AUGACUUUGACCCGCUCUCAAACGGGGAAAACCCCCAAGAAGAUGGAGCGCCCCGGUUAUAUCGAGACCCCUGGCCGUCGUUCCACUCGCAAGAGCGCUGCCCUCGACAUGAGCGAGAAAGACGUGUCCGAUACCCCCUCCGAGACCCGGUCCAAGUCUACCACUCGCCGUCGCACUUCCGCCAAGGUCAAGUCAGAGGAUGAGGAGGAGAUUGAGGCUCCAGUGAAGGUUGCGACCAAUGGCCACGCCGCCAAUGGCUCGGCCAAGCCCAAGUCGCGCAUCGUUGACGGUUGGGAGGAAGGCUUGGACCCCAAGAUCGACUACAGUGGACACUAUGAGUUUGGUGGAUCUCCGGGUGUCCUGGCCAUGAUGAUCGGUUUCCCCAUGCUCAUGUACUACAUGUGGAUUGGCGCGACUUACUACGAUGGCAAGUUCCCUCGUCCUGAGGAGGGCCAGAGCUACGGCGAGUUCUUCUCCCAUCUGGUGAACCUGGUCUACACUGGCGCAUUCCCGUCGGUCAAGGCCUGGACUAUCUACUGGGUUUUCUUCAUCUUCGAGGGUGCCUGCUACGUUCUUUUGCCCGGUGUUUCUGUCUCCGGACGGCCGUUGCCUCACUUGGGUGGUAAGCAGCUCCCGUACUACUGCUCUGGCGUGUGGUCGUUCUACACUAGCAUCAUUCUGGCGCUGGUCCUCCACUUCACUGGCCUCUUCAAGCUGUACACUAUCAUUGACGAGUUCGGCCCUCUUUUGAGCGUUGCGAUUCUGUCUGGCUACCUGGUUUCCUUCAUCGCCUACUUCUCGGCCCUGUACCGUGGCCAGCAGCACCGCAUGACCGGUUCCCCCAUUUACGACUUCUUCAUGGGUGCGGAGCUCAACCCCCGUAUGUUUGGCAUUCUUGACUUCAAGAUGUUCUUCGAAGUCCGUCUGCCUUGGUACAUCCUGCUGGGUCUGUCCAUGGGUGCUGCCGCUCGCCAGUACGAGAACUACGGUUACGUGUCCGGUGAGGUCAUGUUCCUUGUUAUGGCUCACUUCCUUUAUGCCAAUGCCUGCUCCAAGGGUGAGGAGUGCAUCGUGUCUACCUGGGAUAUGUACUACGAGAAGUGGGGCUUCAUGCUCAUCUUCUGGAACUUGGCUGGUGUGCCCUUGAGCUACUGCCACUGCACCAUCUACCUGGCUAACCACGACCCCUCCGAGUACCACUGGAACCGUUUCUUCCUUGCUUUCCUGUACAUUGCCUACCUCUUCGUCUACUGGGUCUGGGAUACCACCAACAGCCAGAAGAACCGUUACCGCCAGCAAGAGCGUGGUACUAUGGUCCAGCGCAAGUCUUUCCCCCAGCUGCCUUGGCAGACUCUGGAGAACCCCAAGACUUUGACCGGCCCCGAUGGAUCAAAGAUUCUGGUCGAUGGGUGGUACGGCAAGGCUCGCAAGAUCCACUACACUUGCGAUCUGUACUUCGCCCUCAACUGGGGUCUGAUCACUGGCUUCUCCAGCCCCUUCCCCUGGUUCUACCCCCCUCUUCUUCGCCUGCAUGAUUUCCCAUCGUGCUCUGCGUGA